CAGUUGAAAAAAACAAAAUAGUGAGUGUGUCCCAGAUAUAAAAUCAAUCCAAAAUCUACUAGUAUAGGAUAAUACUGCUCUGUGCUUCCACGUUUUAUUAUUAUCAUCAAAGUAAAAGAGAAGAAGAGGAGAUGGCAACUGGAUUGAAGGCACUGCCUUUUUCAUUUGUGGCACACGUUCUUGCCUUAGCUGCUGCUGUUAUGGUCUUGGUUUGGUCUAUUCACUUUAGAGGUGGCUUGGCUUGGGAAGCUGAUAACAAAAAUCUCAUUUUUAAUAUUCACCCUGUACUGAUGCUUAUUGGCUUCGUUAUUCUUGGGGGAGAAGCCAUCAUGAGUUACAAAUCUUUCCCCCUAGAGAAGCAGGUGAAGAAAAUAAUACAUCUAGUUUUACAUGCUAUCGCGCUCGCACUUGGAAUAAUUGGAAUCUAUACUGCAUUCAAAAAUCACAAUGAAAGCAACAUCCCCAAUAUGUACAGUUUACAUUCCUGGAUCGGAAUUGGUGUUAUUUCUCUUUAUGGCAUUCAGUGGGUUUAUGGCUUUGUGGUGUUCUUCUACCCCGGGGGUAGUGCUGAAAUAAGACGCGAUUCACUUCCCUGGCAUGUGCUUUUCGGAAUGUUUGUAUAUGUGAUGGCUGUUGGCAAUGCCUGUCUAGGGUUCCUUGAGAAGCUUACAUUCCUCGAAGUUAGUGGUUUGGCCAAAUAUGGUUCUGAGGCUUUCCUAGUUAACUUUAUUGCAAUUGCUACAGUUCUAUAUGGGGUCUUUGUGUUCCUGACCAUUCUUUCCCAGGCUCCUUCCACUCAUGAGGAUGAUCAAAGUUACUCUGCCAUCUCUUGAGUUCCAAUAAACUAUUGUUGCUUUUAGAGACUCUUACUGGUGCCUCUCUACCUUUCAUACUUUGAUCUUCUUGUUUUAAUUUGUUCGAUCGUGUACCUGUAUUGUAAAGUGAAGUAAGACUUUGGUUAUUAAUUGGGCUAUUGUAAUCAUACAUCUCCAUCUUGAUGAUGGCACCAUCUUGAUGUGUAUGUUAUUAUUUGUAUGGAAGCUAUGAUUUGUAUAUAGAUGAUUGUGGUGGGAGGCCUUGAA